UGCAUAAACAUCUUUAGUUUGUCUGGAUCUGCUGUAAUUCUCUGUCUUUGAAUGUCUCUGUAAUUGAAAGUAUUGAAUGCUCUUGUGAAAGCUGAGCUCCUACUUAGCAUAUAAGGAAAAUGUGGGUUAGACCGAGACAACGCAUGCGUCACUAAGCUAGAUGAUUACAUGCUGCUUUCCCGACCAAAGGUCACCUCCCAAGACACUUAUAUGGAACAUGUAUGAGUAUUUUUGUUUUCACUUUGCAAGGUUUGCUUAAAAACAAUUCCAGGCAAUGCAGUGGUGCAAAUGGGCCAGCAAAUGGAAAUCUCAGUUACCAGGACAGUCCACAGGAGCACAGCAAGAGGACGUCUGUGAUUUCCUUUUUAAAAUUAUUUUCAUUGGAGACAGCAACGUGGGAAAGACUUGUAUCAUUCACAGCUUCAAGUCUGGAGAGUUCAGAGAAAAACAGCAUAACACUAUUGGUGUAGACUUCACUGUGCAUACCAUGGAUAUAGAUGGCAAGAAGGUCAAGAUGCAAAUAUGGGACACGGCUGGCCAGGAGCGUUUCCGCACCAUCACACAGAAUUACUACCGCAGUGCUCAUGGGGCCAUGAUCGCUUAUGACCUGACACGCCGAUCCACCUUUGACUCGCUACCUCACUGGAUACAUGCAGUAGAACAGUAUGGAGUUGCCAAUGUAGUCUUUGUACUUAUAGGUAAUAAAUGUGAUCUGCAGCCCCAGCGUCAGGUGCUGUUUGAGGAUGCCUGCACUCUGGCUGAACAGAAGGGUGCUCUGGCCGCCCUGGAGACAUCUGCUAAGGAGAAACAUAACGUACAUGAAGCCUUUGAGCUAAUGGCGCGGGAGCUGAUGGUACGAAACGGAGGCUUAGUCCCACAGGAAGAUUCCCCAAAUCUCCUUCUAUACUCUGAGACUCACCCAGUCGAUGAAGUGGAGUCCCUAGAGAAGAAGUCUUGUGAUUGCUAAAAUACUGCAUGUUUAAACUAAUGGUUUCUUUGAGACCACUUUAGGACUUUUAAAACAUUCUCUAAACCCAAGUAUUAACCGCAUUAGUACAGUGAUGUUUGUUUCAGAGGAGAAAUGGCUACAGAUGCACUCCAUUUUUCACAUACAUACUGCAUGCUGUCACAUGUAUACAGCAUACAGGGGGACACUUUUGUAUUGUGUGCAAUAUGAUAGUUUAACUUAAAUUUUAACUUAAAAAUUAACUUAAAAAUGUGUUCAUUAAUGAUAAUAAAAAGGA